AUGGGAUGUGGAUCUUCAUCAUCAACAUCAGAAGUUGCACCGGCUCCUGAAAUGAUCGAACCAUCUCCGCCUUCCGAAGUGCCUUCCGAUCCAAAAAUCCCGCGAAGCUACCGCCCAUCGAUUAUUAGUUUACAAAUUCCAAACGAGUUCGGUGAUGAUAUAAGUUCGGAUGCUUUAAGUGAUCGGAGCAAUGAGCAUGAAGAAAAUCAGGAUUAUUUAUAUGCCACAGAUGUUACUUUACAAUGGCUUUUGCAAAGAAUUGCGGAUAAAACUAAUAAGGAAAUCCCCGAAGAUCCACAGUGGAUUAUUGAGAGAUUGAAUAGACCAAGUUGGGAUUGUAAGUUUUUUUUUUUGGUUUUUUUUAAGGGGGACGACAAGACGACAAAAUGUUAUUUGCUCAAAAGAUCGGGCUCUCCAAUUAGCAGUCAUAUUCCACGUCAUAGUAAUCUACGUGGCCGCUGAAGCGGAAGACAGUGCCGCUGACGCGGAAGCUUGCGGUUUACACUCGCUACGCUCGAGGACAUUUUUUCGAGCGGAGCGAGUGUAGACCGCAAGCUUCCGCGUCAGCGGCACUGUCUUCCGCUUUAGCGGCCACAUGGAUUACUAUGACGUGGGAUAGAUAGCCUUAGCAAUAUAGCUUACAAGCUUGUUAGCAGUCAUCUCCCACGUCAUAGUCACAAUCCACGUGGCCGCAAAAAAUGUCCUCGAGCGUAGCGAGUGUAAACCGCAAGCUUCCGCUUUAGCGGCCACGUGGAUUACUAUGACGUGGCAAACGUGGUUUUACUACUUUUGGGGAGCCUUUAACUUUGCGGCAAAAAAAUUUUGUCGAUUAACCCCCCCCUUUAAAGAAAUCUAAUAUUUUUCCAGCCGAUUAUGCCACUUCUUCGGUAGUUCGUGUAACUUUUGGAUGGGAAGAGGAUGGACUUCCAAAAAGUGUAGUUCUCAAAACUCCCGUUGCAAAAGAUCAGCGAGAAGAUGAAGAGGGUAAAUAUCACUACAUUAUGUUUAAGCGUGAAUGUAAUGUUUAUGAGUGGACUUCGAAGUUUCCCAAACUCGUUGCUCCAAAUAUAAUUCACAUUAAAAAACAUUCGAAAGAGGGAAGUGGUGUGGUUGUGAUGGAAGAUGUUAGUGACAAAGGAGUUGAGCAAGAUCCAGUCAAAGGGUUAACGGUGAGCCGGUUUUUUCUCUUUUCAAUUAAAGGCGGUCAGACAGCUAUUCCGGUUGACGGAGACCACCCACGAAGCCUCCGACUUUAACCGGGCUAAACUUGAACCAAACCAAAGAUAGAGAUGAAAAAAUAUGAAACUUCAAAUCUUCCUGUGCAAAAGUACGUCGCGGUGUUUGCACACACACACAAAUCCGCUGGACGUGGGGGGGCAAUUUGAAAUUUUCAAAACACAGGAUUUUCUCAGCUCGUAUUAACUUUCAUGAUUUCAGAAUUUUUUUACUGGUUCCUUUCAUAUUGAAUUAUUUUUGACAUUAAGCUUCGAGGGUGGUCUUGGUCAAUAUUGUCUAACUGCCUUUAAUUAUGCCUAGCAACUCAAAAAAUGUAAUCUUCAGCUCGAAAUAGUUCGCGACCUUCUAAAGCACAUUGCCUACCUCCACGCCACAUCCUUGCGGCAUUCUUCUUGGAGCACAUUAGUCGCCGAUCUUCCCCCAUCAUACUAUACACACAUAAUUGGGAAUUUUGACGAGACAAUGACAUUUUUCGAGCGACAAGACGUGGAUCACAGUCGAUUUGUGCAUACUGCCAAAUUUUUUUCCGACGAAUUUUUGCACUCGAUUGCGACGGAGACUACGGAGAAACUGGAGAUUCCCAAGGUUUUGGUGCACGGCGAACCGUAUACUAGUAAUAUUUUUACGAGGACGGAGGGAAAGGAUCAGCGGGUUUCAGCGAUUAUUGAUUGGACAGGUGGGGCAUUUUUUUUUAAAUUAAAAAUCAUAAUUGGGCUACUGUAGUUGGAAAAUGUUUUUUGUGUGUAAUUGUCCGUCGCGGUGUAUGUGUGUGGUUGCCCGCGCUUUUCAAACUUUUUGAAUUUAUUUAUUUUUUCUGCGAGCUUUUCAUUCGAGAAAUCUGAAUAGGAAAGUUCAAAUCUGAAAUUUCAAAUCGUACUGUACACAAAAGUGUUUACACACACGGCAAUUUAAAAAUCGAAAAUCAAACAUUUUCCUCAGCUAUCAACUUUCAUUGGUUUUCUUCCAACCUUAGGCUUUUGAAAAAAUUUAAAAAAAAAAAUUUCAAAAAAUUUCAAAUAAUUUUCACAAAAUCAUCAAGGUGGAUUUUUUCCAAACUCAGGACUUUGAAAAAUUUCGAUUUCAAAUUGCCUCGAAGUCACGUGGAUUGGUGUGUGUAAACACUUUUGUGUACAGUACGACUUGAAAUUUCUUUCAUAUUCACAAUCAGAAAAAUCCCAUUUUCGCAGAAAGUCACUCUGGAUGUUUCGCUGAAGAUGUGGCCAAAAUCAUAUGUUGGAACUUGAAUGCCAAAGAACGCGUCGAUAACACAAGUUCACUCCUUGAAGGUUAUCAUUUCCACUUAGCUCGAUAUUACGAUGGAGAUUGUCCAUUCACAGUUGAUAUUAUUCAAAAAGCCUACGAAAUCUUUGUGCCAUUUGCAAUGGUUUCACUGUGCGGAAAAGUGAUGAGUGUGAAGAACAAAGCCGAAAAAGAGCCAUUGAUUGAACGAGCCAAAAAUCUCCUUCAACAAUGUUAUACGAUUGAGAAGAUCAAUGAGCAAUAA